CGAUUCCACUGCCUCUCUCAAGGAGUUGAUCGCCACACAACGUGCGCAAUUCGCGGCUCUCAGUCGCUCACUCUAUCUUCCGACUUCGCUCGCGUAGGCUUCAUUCAUUCAUUCCCGCGGGCACUAGCUGGUCUUUAGUCGGUCCAACGAUCACCCUCGAAUAUACUCAACCGCUUCCCCGGAUUCAUGUCGAUCAAUUAAAUUAGAACAAUGCCGGCGAAAUCGCGAUUCACAAGGCUAGAUGCCUUCGCUAAAACGGUCGAGGAUGCGCGCGUCCGUACCACAUCCGGUGGUAUCAUCACCAUAGCCUCGUUGCUGGUCAUCUUUUGGCUUGUGUGGGGAGAAUGGCUGGACUACAGGCGUGUGGUGGUUCUGCCAGAGCUGGUGGUCGAUAAGUCGAGAGGCGAGAAGAUGGAGAUCCACCUGAACAUGACCUUUCCCCGGCUUCCCUGCGAGCUCCUGACCCUGGACGUGAUGGAUGUCUCUGGCGAGCAGCAGACCGGUGUUGUCCACGGUAUCAACAAGGUUCGCCUUACUUCUGCCGCAGAAGGGGGCAAGGUUAUCGACGUCAAGGCCCUGGAGCUUCACUCCAAGGAGGAGAGCGCCAAACACCUCGACCCUGAAUAUUGCGGUGAGUGUUACGGUGCGCCUGCUCCCUCCGGUGCCAGCAAACCAGGUUGCUGCAACACUUGCGACGAAGUCCGGGAGGCCUACGCACAGCAGCAGUGGGCAUUUGGCAGAGGCGAAAACGUUGAGCAGUGCGACCGUGAGGGCUAUGCGCAGCGCAUUGACGCCCAGCGCCGCGAGGGUUGUCGUCUGGAGGGUGUCCUCCGCGUGAACAAGGUGGUCGGUAACUUCCACAUCGCACCCGGCCGUAGUUUCACCAGCGGAAACAUGCAUGUACACGACCUCGCAACCUUCUUUGAAACCGACCUGGCAGACUCCGAGAAGCACACCAUGACUCACGAAAUCCACCAGCUGCGAUUUGGACCUCAGCUUCCGGACGAGCUGUCCGAUCGCUGGCAGUGGACGGAUCACCACCACACCAACCCUCUGGACAACACCAAGCAGGAGACCAACGAGCCCGGCUACAACUUCAUGUACUUCGUCAAGGUGGUGUCGACCUCGUACCUCCCCUUGGGCUGGGAUCCUCUGUUCUCUUCUUCCAUCCACUCUGCCUACGACCAGGCCCCUCUUGGUUCCCACGGCAUCGCCUACGGAGCAGAGGGCAGCAUCGAGACGCACCAGUACUCCGUAACCUCGCACAAGCGCUCCCUGAUGGGCGGAGACGCCUCUGACGAGGGCCACAAGGAGCGUCUGCACGCCGCCAACGGCAUUCCAGGCGUGUUCUUCAACUACGACAUCUCCCCCAUGAAGGUCAUCAACCGGGAGGCCCGUCCCAAGACCUUCACCGGCUUCUUGACCGGAGUGUGCGCCAUCAUCGGAGGUACCCUUACCGUUGCCGCAGCCGUAGACCGUGGUCUCUACGAAGGCGUCAGCAGAAUCAAGAAACUCCACUCGAACUAAGACCACCACCACCAAUUCAAACCAGAGAACAAAACAAUAAACCCCCAUAAAUCCCAAAAAGAACCCCAAGAAAGGGAGAAAACAAAGUGAAACAUGCAACAAGUGCCAUCGAAGAGCGAGCGUCGUAUGGAGUACAGGGGACGAAAGAAGGAACUCCGGUAGUUCAGGCGUUUUAUCUAUCUAUCUAUUUUUUGGGAACUGAGUGACUCAUUGAUACACCUUUUAUAUUUGGUAUUGUUUUGUUUUGAUCAUAGGUGAGAUGGGUCGGUAGGUAUACAACAGUACUCAGAUCUAUGUCAUUGGGACUUGCGGUCUCUUUCUUGGAAACUCCCAACUAUCUAGGUACUAUCUACGUCGUCA